CAUCUGCGGCCCUGUUCCCGCUCGUGGUGGCUUUUGGUCCGUAUACUGGGGCCUGUAAGGAAGUGGGAUUGGCACACUGCACGAUGUUGCGAUAACACCUUAUUCGGCCCAAUAAGGGGGAACGUGUGCACGGGUUCCUACAUGUUUGCCGGCUUCACUUGCAAUAAUCCCAUCCUCGUUCCCGACCCAAAGCACGAAUUGCCAAGAUCGGUCACCGUCAUUUGCACUAGCAAAAAUGCUUCUCGGCCUUGAAGUACCCGUUUUCGGCGCGAUUUCUGCAUCGCGGGCAAUCGAACUGGGCGCAGCUCGCGUCGAACUCAACGCUUCGGGGUCGUAUCCCGCUGGAGGGUUGACGCCUACGAUCGAGUGCUUGGAAGACGUAGCAGAUGCCAACGUCCCUUUGCGAAUUAUGAUUCGGCCACGAGGCCCACCUCCGCCCAACGCGGCGGGGCGAGAUUUCGUCUACUCGGCCGAGGAAAUCGACCAAAUGGACGCCUCUAUUCGAUGCUUCAAGGCAACAGGCUUGCUCAAGUUGGAGCGUGGGGACGGAUUUGUAUUUGGCGCGUUACGGGAGGACACAUCGCCCAGUAUAAAGCCGGGGGGUCGUAACCGUUGUCGGGUCGAUAAGGAUGCCUGCAAGGACCUCGUCGAGACUGCCCGCCCCUUUAAGGCGGUCUUUCAUCGAGCGUAUGACGAGAUCGUGAGUUGCGACGAAAGGUCACCCGACAAGGAGCGCGCCGCUUGGGAAAUGGGACUCGACGACAUAGUAGAAUGCGGCUUUGAUGCUGUGCUCACUUCCGGCGGUCUCGGCCACGCAGCACAAAACAUACCUACACUGGGGAAAAUCAUCGCCAAAGCAAGAGACCUCGGUGCUGAAAUCAUCGUUGGCGGCGGCGUCCGGCGUCAUAACGUCGGGGAAAUGGUCCACCAGCUCAAUUUGAAGGAGAGUACAUCCGUAUCGCAUGUUCACUCAGCGUGCCUCGACAAUCCGGAGUCUUUGGAAAUCGAUGGAGAAGAACUUACCGCUAUCUUGUCUGCCCUGAAGGAUACGGUAUAAUUCGAGCGUCCAUAAUAGUGUAUAAUUGAUCACCCAACUUGAUAGGAGAUGCGAUCUCCUAGACCGCUCACCUCCGCGUUCGCUG